AGUGUGCAAGAAAACAAAAGCAGUAUUCGUAUAUAUCGCCAAGACAAAACAUGUCCUUCAAGCUGUUCUGCUGUGUGACUUUGAUUAUCCUGAUAAUUGACCAUCUCAAUGCACAAUACAAAGAGGGAGACAACUGUACUUUGAGAAAUGGUUCGAAAGGGCAAUGCUAUGGAAUCAAGGAUUGUGAACAGGCAAUUCUGCUUCUCCUUUUGCACAACAAAGCUUUGAAAACGUGCAACACUCAGGGAGACACGACACUAGUCUGUUGCGGCAAGAGAAAAAUUGUUGGAUAUAGAAGUACUAUAGCUUGUCACAUAUGGAACCAAUCGGUUAGGUACAUCGGAGGUGGAGGAGUUGAUGCUUUGCCGAGAGAAUAUCCGCAUAUGGCUGUUUUGGGAUAUGGGAGUAACAGUACACAGAAAUUGAAUUGGUCGUGUGGCGGUAGCUUAAUCAGCGAGAAAUUCGUUUUGACUGCAGCGCAUUGCUUAAACCACAAAGAAUUCGGACCAGUCAAGUACGUGAGGAUCGGAGAUUUAAAUUUGAAAUUGACAAACGACUCUGUCAAGCAUCAGGAUUUCCUAGUAGCCAAUACCAUCAAGCAUCCAUCGUACAAACGUCCGUCGAAGUACCACGAUAUAGCUCUAAUCGAGCUGGAUCACAGUGUGAAAAUUACGGAGGACGUGAUACCGGCUUGUUUGAAUCUAGCUAAAUCCAACCCUGUUCAGUAUGCGGCAACAGGAUGGGGCUUGUUGUCCUUCCAGGGUGUUGCGCCGGAUCAUCUACAAAAGCUUGUGCUGAAUCACGUUAACAACACCGAGUGCAACAAGCAUUUCGAGGUGAACGCUCGAACUUUGAAGAGAGGAAUCAUGGAGAAUAGACAGAUUUGCGCUGGGUAUCCCGGGAGGGAUACUUGUCAGGGAGACUCAGGAGGACCUCUUCAAACCAAAAAUGAGUUGGGCGUUUUUUUCAUUCACGGCGUGACGGCCUUCGGAAAGCCCUGUUUAUUGACAAGUAGUCCUGGCGUUUACACAAGAGUUUCCAAUUACCUCAGAUGGAUUGAGGAGAGCGUAUGGCCAAAUAACACAAUAUAUGAGAAAAAAACUGUAUAUUGAAGUGUGAAGUUGCAUCUAA